CUGGGUGACUUUUGGCUGGGCGGAGCAGGGAAGGUGCGGAGACGAGCCUGUUUUGCGCAGGCGCAGUUGGAGGUCUACGCGUGGUGCAAUGUCUGGGCUGCAUGUUUCCCGAGUGCGGACCUUGUAUAGGCGCAUCUUGCAGUUACACCAGCUUCUGCCCCCAGAUCUCAAAGCCCUGGGAGACCAGUACGUAAAGGACGAAUUUAGGAGACAUAAGACUGUUGGUUCUGAGGAGGCCCAGCGUUUCUUGCAGGAAUGGGAGGUUUAUGCAGCAACAUUAAGUCAACAAGUUAAUGAAAACAGACAAAAUUCAACUGGAAAGGUGUGUUUCGGCACCUCCCUCUCAGAAGAAAAACUUAAUGACUUUCGUGAUGAACAAAUUGGACAGUUACAGGAGCUGAUGCAAGAAGCUACUAAACCCAACAAGCAAUUUAGUAUCGCUGAAUCUACAAAACCAAAACUUUAGGAAAUAAAAUGAUAAAAAACAUGUAAAUUUAUAUAAAAUUUAGAACCUUUGACUGCCAUUGACUGUUAAAAUUUUUUAUUGUGACUUUAAGAAUGCCCAAACUUUAUUGUUCUAGAUUAGUGAAGUAUUUUACUUUUGGGUGAUAAGAAUAAAAUAUAUGUGUCAGGUAGACAGUUGGAAAACUUAAUGGCAUUUUUGGAAUAAUAAUAUUUGCUGAAUGCAAUUAGUUUUCAGAUUAAAUAAGAAAGACUGUAAAGUAGACAAUCCUGAGAAUGAUUUUUAUAUAUUAGUUUAUUUUAAAUUCCAUUCUUACUUAAGCAUUUGCUUCAGUGCUAAUUAGUUAAGUUUAUCAUGGUAACAGUAGAUGUGUACUCCCACAAGUUUAUUAAAUAGAUUGUGAUUCUGAAAGUUUUAUCAUUUUACUUAAAUUAUAUGUGAUUAUUAUUCUGAAUUGUUUCUUCUCUGAAUCAUUGUUGAGUUACAGUGAAAGUAUAACACUAAGAUUGAGUGCUAUACUAUCAUUUGUAUUACACAUUAUACAAAGUAUAAUCUUUAUGCAGUGUUUAUAAAAAUGAGCCUUUAAAUUAUUUGUAAUUAAUUUGAGAAAUUGACUUUUUACCUAAUAGUUGGAGAGAUUAAAGACACAUAGCUUUUAUGUA